GUCCCUUGGCUCAUCAGUCAAACACUCUCACCUCGUCGCGUUCCGCUACCGCGUUUUCCAGCCUCUCAGCUCAAUUCGCCGACCUCGAGUUUUCCUCGUGCAUUUCCCGCCGACUGUGUUUCUAGUACCGCUAGUGCACCCAUCAGCUCUCGGGCAUAACCUUAGGAACCUCUUUCCUUGGCAAGGCCUUCUAUCAUCGUACCUUAUCGACCUGGUCCGCACCCGUGUUCCUUCAAUAGCUAAGAGCUCGCUCUAGAACGCCAGACCACUCGUGACCUAGCUUACCAGCAAUACGGCUGCCAUCCUUCCAUAUCCACUGCUGCCACGUACAGUCUCCCACCAUGAGGGAAUAUAAGCGACGCUCGUUGAGUUCCGACCUCCAGAGAGAGCCACAGCCCAGUCGCUCGCUCAGCUCGAACGCGUUCCGCAAGUCCUCAGUGCUCCUGAGCCAGCUAUCCGCGCCAUCGUUCCCGGCUUUCCAAGCCGUCUGCGACACUCCGCGCGGGCCCUGCCCGCGUUCGCGCAGCCUUUUCUCGGACACGAGCGAUGUCGCAUUGCCGUCGGCGAUUUUCGCCAGCGACUCUGCAAUCGCUGCCUGCGCUGGCGACUCACCGUGUGAUCGUUCGAGCCAGGGCAGUAGCGCGUGUCUGUCGCGCAACAACAGCAACGCCAGUCGCACGUGCGACGAGCCAGAGAUCAUCAGCCCCAAGUUGCGACUACCGACGUCACGCGAGUUCAGUCGCUUGCGACUCUGCUCGUCGGAGGCGGGCCCCAGCUCGUCACUCUUUUCGCGAAAAGUCGCCUCGCCGUUACGCAAGCGAGACGACAACGCGCGACUGAAGCGAAAACGGCCGCCCAUGCUCAACAUCCCCGCAAAGGAUUCCUUCUCCGCGUCCCCGACAACGACGCCGGGAAAUACGCCGGGUAACACGCCGGGAAGCACGCGCGCGAGGGAGGCGGAGGAGGCGGCGAGCGAGCUCGUCGCGGUGGGGCCGUCGUACGCCGUGAUGUGCAAAAAAGGGCGGCGCGAGUUCAUGGAGGACGCGUACCAAGCCAUCCCCCAGUUUGGCACGUCCCCCGGCAAUGCCUUCUUCGGCGUGUUUGACGGCCAUGGCGGCACCAUGGCGGCGCGAUUCGCGGCGGGCAACAUCGCGGGGAACGUGUUGAAAGCGGCGCAGCAGGGCGCAGAGAGCGCGGAGGCAGCUAUGGUGGAGGGCUUUAAGGAGACCGAUAAACAGUUUUUGCAACAGAAUCUGGGCAGCGGCGCGGCUGUGGUGACGUGUUGGGCUGCUCCCGGUUCACUCCACGUGGCACACGCAGGCGACUGCCGCGCCGUGUUGUGCCGAAAGGGCGCGGCGAAUGUGCUGACGUCAGAUCACAAGGCAUCGCGGGAAGACGAGCGCGACAGAAUCGAGAAUCUGGGAGGUCACGUAGACAAUUUUACGGGCACAUGGCGCGUGCAGGGGGUGCUGGCUGUUACAAGAGGCCUUGGCGAUGCUAACUAUAAGGAGUACAUCACGCCGGAACCAGAGGUCGUGCAUGUACCCGUUACAAAAGACUGCGACUUCCUUAUAAUGGCGUCCGACGGCCUCUGGGAUGUGGUGACCAAUCAAGAGGCUGUAGACAUCGCGCGGUCGUGCCUGGAACCAGAGAUCAGAGCAUACAAGCGCAACAACCCUCCCUCCCACAAAACCAGUGCAUCCUCCCUCUCCUCCCUCUCCACCAUCCCCUCCUUCUCCUCUACCUCCACCGACUCCUCUCUCACUCUCAACUCCCUUAACUCGGACGGCAAAGAAUCUGCGUCUGAUGAUGGUCUGACAACACCGUCCCCAGAUGCCCAUCAGAGCAUCAAGCUCAACCCACUGGUCCUAAAAACGCCUCGAGAGCGUUCGGGCAGCUUUUCUGCUUCUGUUGCGACUCUGAAGCAGGUAACCGAAUCAGCCCAAGAAGGGGAUAACCAGGGCCCAGAUCUUGCCGCCUGCUCUCCCACCGAGGAAUCUGACGUGUCCUCCAGUAGUGAAGACUCGGGGAAUGAGGAGAGUGAGGAGGGGAAUGACGAGGGGAGUGAGGGGAGUGAGUCUGAGGGUGUUGCUGGCAUGCAGGGGAAAGCGCUAGGAACCGAAGAGUCGGUGAAAUCCGCACUGCUGCUGGCGUGUCAGAAAUUGGUGGAAGCUGCUGGGAAGCGAGGCAGCUAUGAUGACACGAGUGUCAUGGUCGUAUCACUGGCGCACUACAUGGUCUGACAUGGCCGUUAAGAUUGAAGCGAUUUGCCGUCUGCUGGUCCUCACAUGGUCCGCGGACACGAGUGUCAUGGUGGUAUCGCUGGCAGAGUUCAGGGUCUGAUGCCGCAUGGUCGGUUGGGUUGACGAUGUGACUUUUGAGUCGACUCAAAAGUCAUCUGAGUUCAGGGUCUGAUGCCGCAUGGUCGGUUGGGUUGACGAUGUGACUUUUGAGUCGACUCAAAAGUCAUCUGAGUUCAGGGUCUGAUGCCGCAUGGUCGGUUGGGUUGACGAUGUGACUUUUGAGUCGACUCAAAAGUCAUCUGAGUUCAGGGUCUGAUGCCGCAUGGUCGGUUGGGUUGACGAUGUGACUUUUGAGUCGACUCAAAAGUCAUCUGAGUUCAGGGUCUGAUGCCGCAUGGUCGGUUGGGUUGACGAUGUGACUUUUGAGUCGACUCAAAAGUCAUCUGAGUUCAGGGUCUGAUGCCGCAUGGUCGGUUGGGUUGACGAUGUGACUUUUGAGUCGACUCAAAAGUCAUCUGAGUUCAGGGUCUGAUGCCGUAUGGUCGGUUGGGUUGACGAGACCUGCGAGCGUGCUGGUGUUGGAAACUGAGGUCCUGGUCCGAAGCUGCUGUUGGAGACCGCUGCAAAGCGAGGCAGCAAAGCGAGGCAGCAAAGGGAGGCAGCUUUGAUGACACCACUGUCAUGGUCCGCUACAUCCUACAAUGCAGCCACUUCGAGUGUAGCCAGUUGGUUACCCAACUAAAGGGACCGAAAGUGCGCAUGGUAGAUGGCAUAUGGCCACCAAGUGUUGGCAUACACUCAUGGCACAGUAAGCUGCCCUGCGGGUGACAUGUUUUUCCUUUUUUUACCCAAGUCUAUUGGGUUAUCUACCUCCAUCCACCCGUAUAUUGUAUACACUUUUCUUCAUUUAGUGGUGCAAACCUUGAGGAAAUAGUC